CGCGGAGCGGUUCCGGGGCACGCGGCGCCGGCCCGGGAUGAGCUCGGAGCGGGGGAACGUGUCGCGCACGCGGCCCCAGCGCCACCAGAACGCGCGCGCCUUCGAGAACGACAAGUACGACACCAGCGCCCGGCGCAAGAAAAUAAAUGCUAAGCUUCAUGAUGGAGUGUGUCAGCAUUGCAAAGGUAUCUUGGAGUGGCGAGUAAAAUUCAGAAAGUACAAGCUACUGACAAAACCUAAAAAAUGUGUGAAAUGUCUCCAGAAGACUGUAAAAGAUCCUUAUCAUAUUAUUUGUCGACCAUGUGCUGGUAAACUAGAAAUUUGUGCUAAGUGUGGGAAACAAGAAGAAAUAGUGAUUCCGAUUGAUAAAGGACAAGACAGAACUGACAGUGAGACUUCUAAAACUGGCCAAGAGAGAAGUAAAUUGAAGGAUGAGCUGGAUUUUGAUACAAAUUUCAGUAGUGCAGACAGUGAUGAAGAUUCUGAUGUGCUUGAAGAACAAUUCAAAAGUAUGAAUUUUGAAAAAACAGAGAUCUAAAAGGUUGUGUUUAUGCAUGAGAUUAUAUGCAAUCAAAUAUGGUAAAUCAGUGCUUGCCCUUAAACUGCUCCAAACCCUGAUUAUACAUCUAAAGUCCUUGUAUGUUAAUUUUGGCAUUGUGUACGAGGAUGCACGUGGGCAUUUGUAUUAAUACACAGUUUUGUGUAUUAGGAACAGAAAUUCUUUGAAAAGAAUCAGAAAUUCUAUCUGUAAGCAUAGUUAUUUAUUUCAUACAUAUAACAACUUCCUGUUUUUAUGGAAUAAAAUCUUUUUGUGUAAUUGUUCGAAAUUCAGUAUUAUGUGACUGUCGGAAGUAUUAUUGCUACCUGGAAAUCUACCUGAAAGUCUAGAAUAAACACAAACAGGGAGAGCUAAAGCAGCUAUAAUCAUUUUCUGAAGGAAGAACUUGCAGCAUUCUGUCAGUGAGUUUCCAAAUGGGGUCUUACCCUUAUGCCUGAGGGUUUUUAUUCAGGUUGUUUUUCCCCACAAGAAAGAAACAAGUGUGUAAAUGCCAUCACUGGUUCAUGAACAGUUAAACCUUAUUUACCACGUAUAAGUGUGCAUUACAGAUUUGUGACCUUGUUGCUACCAAUGUUUUGUAAAGAAGAAACCUGCACACUUCAGAAUUUCUCAUCACACUUUCUUUUAAUUUUCAGAAUUCAGAGAUUCAUCUGGAUCUCAUGUAGUUUUCUCUGAUAUGAAAAGAUUUGCACAGCAGAAUGAUCAUAUAGAGUUACGCCCUUCCCAGUUUCUAUUCCAGUGUUGGUUAAGCUGUACAAAGAACUGAAGUUGCAGUAACUGUCUUUACAGGAUUUAGGAUGGUUUGAUUUCUUUUUGCUGUCUUCUUGCUCUUUAUAUUUAAUUAACAGUAUAUAUAUGCAUUAACCUAUGACAAUAUGCUAUGCCACAUCUGCUUUGAUGCUUUGCCUGAUUUGCAAUAGUGAGCAUGGAAAAAAUUGAUUCUCAAACUAUAUUUUUCAAAUACUCUGUGAGGAAAUGCAGCUCUGAGGUUGUUGCCCAUCCGUGCCUUGAAGGAAAUACUGAAACUUGAUCCUUUGGGUGCUGAUAGGCACCCAAUGUCUGUCCUGUCAAGCUGGAAAACACCAAGAAGUGUUCAGUGGCAGAAAAGGAGGUUGUCAGGUAUGUUCAGAAGUGUUGGAUCUGAAGGUUAUCUGGAGGUUUCACUGACAGAUAAGUCCUCCCAACAGGACAGCAAUGACAUCUGACUUAGUGUCACAUCUGUUGUCCUGCCAGUUGAUGUCAACAAGGGGAGAGUAAACAAGGAAUAUCCCAUGUAUACACUGCAGAUGACCAGAUAGGAGGGUGCAUAGAAGAAAGUUAAUAAGUAAUCUGGAUUUAGCUUCAGAAGGGGUCUCUCUGAAGGGGGAACCUAAAGUGAAUUUGGCUGUUGAAAGUGCCAUACGUAUGGGAAAUGUUCUUCCACUUGGAAAAAUUAAUAAUGGCCUUGUUCUUUGUUGAAAGGUGAGAGGACAUCCUUGAAUGAUAGGAAAAUAUGUGAUGGAACUGGCAGAAGCUGUAUAACGAGAAAAUAAGGGGAAGAAUUCUCUUCUCAUAGUGGUGACACAACCUGUCAGUAUCAGGAGUGAGCAGAGUGACAGAGAUAAACAAUGUGUUGCAACACAGUGCAAAAAUGUUGGUACAAAGGGAAAGUCCUGUGAAGCCUUCAUGUCGCACUCCUGAUGCUCUGUUCAGAGCUAGUACUAUAGCUGAUGAAACUGUGCUGUGGUUGAGCUCAGCUGCAGUGGUGGCUGGCUGGUGUUAGUCCAGCCUAUCUGCAGACAGUUUUGGUUCUGGCAAGCCUUCUGUCUGAGGUUCAGCUGUGGCUGAAGGAUAUACUGCUGGAAAUAAUUUCUGCAACACCGUUUAACGUGGUGGUUGUGAGUCAGCUUACAAAAUGGCAGGUUUGCAAGGGAAAAGGAGUUUGCAUUUUACUGAAGAUUAGGAUAUAUUUGGAACUGCAUUAAGCUAUUAUAACUCAAACUAUAAGAGUUCUGAGUAUCAGGGGUUUGGUUUUCUUGUCUCUUUUUGAGGAACUUAUUGAACAGAGGAUAAUGCAGGAGUAGGACCUCUUUGAAUGCUGAUCUUCAGUACAAUCAUACAGAAAUGAGAAUAUUUUUAAAAAUGGAGAUCAAAAGUCAUCAAAGAUUUUUGAGAUCUUCAAGGUAGUCAUACAGAUGGAAUGAUUUUUAGUUUUAAUUGAGAUUUUGAAACCUUUCUGCCUAUUCUUUUACAAAUAAUAAUGAACUUGUGUCUAUAAACUUAGGAAAUUAAAAAUACCACAAUGCCUGCAGGGUGCUGAAAUGCGGUUUAAACAGUAUGACUGAUCAGAGGUUUCAGGAUUUGUCUGGACCUUGCAGUGCCUCACCAAAUGCAUUACUGAAGAAAAAAAUGAUAGAUGUUAAUUAGUCAUCUGAAGAAUACUUGAUGCAUCACUAGUGAUGCAGUGGUGUUGCUGACAGCUGAGUUCCUGUUACCAGGUUGCCCUUAGGAGUGUCAUUUACUAUGACUCAACACUGAAGUAAUUAAUUAGGUAGUGGACUGCCAUUAUGGGUGAGGCAGGCAUCCCAGAUGAUUCUUACUCCACAAGGGGAAAUGCUCAUCAUAGCUGGAGCUGCCAGAACUCGACAUGCUUGACUUGUACACAUUUCUGGGAAUCAAAUUCCUAUGCAUAGGGAUUUCUUGAGAUAACCUGGAUCCAUUACAGUAUGAUGAGAGCCUGAUGUGGACAGAGUGCUACCUCCUAGACUAAUUCCUUAACAAUCUUCCCUGUCAAAGUUCACAGGCAUCUCUGAGACAUCCUAUCAUCAAAUGUUUUGUAGAAUCAGGUAAUGCAAAAAACAUUGCUCCAUGAUUUACUUCCAGUUUUUCAUGGGCUGCACUCUUCUGUUCUUGUCUUGCCUACUGACUAUUCUGUAUUCAUCCAAAAUACUGUAAUAAUACCAGCUUCUGAAGGUUUAUAAAACUAUUGGUUAAUUAAGAAAAGUACAGCUUGCUUUCUCCCUGUAAUGGGCAUGUACUUGGAUGUUGAGAUGGAAAUCACAACAUUAGCAAGGAAAAUAGGAGAAAAUAUAGCAGGUCAUCAAGUGUGAGCCACCUUGUAAACCUCUAGCUCUAUAAUUAAGUAUGUUUUCUUUGUUUAGGUGUUCUCAUAAGUAAAUGUAUGCUGGUAGAAAAUGCAAAAGUAAGUGCUUAUUGGAAGCAUCAGCCUGACUGUCAGAGUUAAUGAGGAAAGCUUUGUAAGUGACAGGGAGAGAUGCUUUUCUUUAUCAGAUGUUUAGGGAGCUGUUCAUGCAAACUGCCACUUAAUUUUCCUGCCUACCUUUCAUCUGAAACCUAAUACAAUUCAAAACUCUUGGUGAAAAAGAAGGUAUGAACUCUGCAUACAUUCUCAUCACAUAUAGUGAGUUUGUUUCAAAGUUUAGGAAUCCUACUUUACAAUUGAAGUGUGAUCUUUCUGUGGCUUGAUAACACAUUCGCAGACAAGUUACCUGUAACAGACUAGAAAUAAAACAUUUGGUUUAUUUCAAGUAGCAGACUUUUCUUCUGGAGCCCCUAAAAAUAGUUAAGAUGAAAUCACAUUAAAAUUAUCUUUUUUUUUUUUUCUGAAGUCAAUAAGAAAACAUCUAUUUGUAAUAAUAGGGGUAAUACUCAUAAUGCAGUCAUCAAUAAUAAAUUUGAGGAUAUAAAAACAGGAGCCAAAGGCAUUAAGAUUUUACCUGAAAAAUCUCUCCUUGCAUUUGCCCCUGACAUAACUUCAGAAACCCACACUGAAGGGAUCAGCUGUAUUCUUAUAAAUGCUUUGAAAAUGGCACCAAAUAGUUUAAUAAUUUCCUUUUAAACUGCAACAGAGAAUACCAUGUUUUUAUACAAAAACAAAACAAAAAAGGUUUAUGCCUGUUACCAAAUGGCAGCACUCACCUGAAAUCUCUCUUUUAAGGAUAUCUUGCAUUUUUGGGCCUCAGGAUUGUAAUAUCUCUUCUUUUUGCACUUGACUCGCAGUUUCCUUAAUUUUAUGUGAGCAAGUAUGACACCAUGUGUCAAAACUAUGAGAAGUAUCCACAGUUUAAUUAUUAUGAAACGUAUCAGCAGUGAAACUAUUAUUGAAUAAUAUGUAGUGGCAAAGCUACAUGUGUAACAGCUAGAUUUUUUUUUCCCUAUAGACUCUCCUGACAUGUUUCUUUUAGGGUUAUUUCUUUUCCUUUUUCCCACAGCUGCUGCACUGUGGAAGUUUCUGGCUGCGUGAGAGCUCUGCAGCUUCUGACUGUUGGCAACAAUGUAUUACUCUGGUUAUUCCCAGUAGAAGGAAUGGAAUUGAUGCUAGAACUGUAAAACAAGCUGCUCUGCUUUGUGGAUCCACCUUGGAGAUGGGCUUUGUGGUCUUUAUCAGACACAGGGGAAGAUGGUAGAUCACCUUCUCAGAAAGAGCAACUCUGUACCACCCACAUUCCCAAACCUUGCUGUGCAAACCCAAUACAAAAUGCACUUGUGAGGUGAACGUGAAGUGAAAUAAAGCCAUGGGUCUUGAGGGCGGGGAGGGGGGGAAGAUGAAAAGGUACAAUAUUUUUUAUAGUAUUGGAGAAACUCAGAAUAAUCCCAAACCUUCCAUAUCCAAGGAAAAAUAAGCCCUGUAAAACCAGACAACUUCUAUUCUUUUAAGCAACAGUAGAUUUACUAUUACCUACAUGACAAAGAUUUUAAAAAUCCCUCUGGAAAUGGCUAAUAUGUCAUUCUCCAAAGAAAAUAACUUUUCAGUAGCAGCUUAGUCUUACUGACAGUAAGUUAGUGAUGAAACCUCCAGAAUGGAGCAAAGUUGUACCUGCAUUAUUUAGAGAAAAGUCAUAAUACAAUCUUUAUGUUAUAAAACUAAUCUUAUCCUUUAAAAAGAUCACAAGGAAUUUGUCUAGAAAAUACCUAGAAAGACUCAAGCUGUAUUGGUAUAAUCUUCAUAUUUUAGAAAAUUGUUGCCUUAAGGUUAAGUCAUCCCAAAACUAUGCAGUGACCAGAAUCUCAGAGCUAUGGUUUUCACUGUGUUUCAGCAGGAAGUUUUCCUUUAUUUCCGGGUUUUGUACUAUCUUGAGCUGCAUGUGGGUAUUAGUAAUUCUGACUUUAUGAACUCUCCCUUCAAGAAAGAAUUGCAUUUUGGAUCACCACAUCUAACUAGUUGCUUCUUUCUCAUCCUCACCUCAUGACUGCACCUAAGGUCUACGGAGACCAAGUACAGGUACUGGCUGUCUAUGUUACUUCAAAAAAAUCACAUUAGCAGCUGACUGGUUGUGAUCACACACACACCCCCCCCCCAAAAUAACCAAAACAAAACAAAAAAAACUCACCAAAAACACUCCCCCCAAAUGAAAUGAAACCCAAACACAAAACAAACAAACAAAAAAACCCCACAAAAAUAUUACAAACAAAACAAUAACAACAA